AUGGAGGUGGUCCUCGACCGCCUCCAGACAAGGAAGAGGGCACCGGGUCCAGACGGGGUGCACGGGAAAGUGCUUGCGCUGAUUCUCGUGCACCUCGGGGAGGAGUUUCGGGGGCUGCUCAACCGCUGUCUGCGAGAGGGGCAGUUCCCGAAAUUAUGGAAGGAGGGCCGGCUCUGCCUUAUUCCGAAGGGGAGCCGGCCCUUGGACUCGGCUUCGGCGGUGCGACCUCUGGUCCUGCUGAGCGAGGCUGGGAAGGCCCUAGAGAGCGUUGUGGCCUCUCGCCUCGUUCGGCAUGUGGAGGAAGGCCCGGGACCGCGUCUCUCUGACGUGCAGUACGGAUUCCGGGCCAAGAGGUCCACCAUCGACGCCCUCAGGCGUCUGCGGUCGGUGACGGAGGAGGCGGAUCGAGAAGGCGAUGUGACCCUGGCGACGUCUUUAGACGUCGCCAACGCCUUCAACAGCAUCCCGCACAGUGUAAUACGGGAGGCACUCCGGUACUUUGGGGUGCCCUCGUACCUGCGGCGGCUGUUGGGGGUGUACCUGGAGGAUCGUGUUGUCCUGUACGAGGACGGGGGGGGUCGUAUGGUUCGGCGGAGCGUCGGAUGCGGUGUGCCACAGGGGUCGAUUCUCGGCCCUAUCCUGUGGGACAUCGCAUACGAUUGGGAGGGUACCAGCUUCGCUGGAGAAUCCCUCUCUGCAUCUUCGGAUGUGGACAGCCUCACCGUAUCUGGGGGGGGCAUCAACCGCCAGAGGGACGCAAGUCCCUCUCAACAAUCAGUCCAGACGGACUCUGACAACGACAGCGACUCUAGUCUCCCAGAGGCUUUGCUGAACGAGGAGAACAGAAGUGGCAGGGGUAGUGCUCCCCUGAAAAGGAAAGCACCGGAAGUAUCAGGAGCUAUGGAACGAGGUCCUAAAAUCAACACCGCCAUCAGGGGCCGGCCUCGCACACCAGGUAUGCGGCGCACACAAGGCGCAACUGAAGGCCGUAAACGCGCCACUGUAGUGGACGAGCACUUGGGGGUGGUCCGGGCUGCUGCUAACAGGGUGCUCGAAGAAGCCGAUAAGUCCGGAAACCUCAAAGGGACGGUGUGGCGGGCCAUGAAAGAGUCCUGCCAACAAAUAUUGGAAGCUGCCGAGAAAAUCGAGGCCCAACAGGUGGAAUCGGAAGCAGUUCGAAUACUCACAGCGGACAAUAAAAGGAUGAGGGAACAGCUAGAACUUCUACAGAAGGAAACAAAGGCGCUCCGUACGGCCUACUCCGAAAAGGCGGCUGCGCCUUUAACCUCAGGGACGGGAAUCACAAGGACCGAAAUCCAAGAAGUCCUUGCGGACUUUAAGGAAUCCUUAGAAAGGGACCUGUUUCUGAGAUUGGGGGGCAUGGUUACGGAUCGGCUUAAGGAGGCUGAAAAAAGGGGCAUUCUUGCUCCCGAGCCGAUUAUGCGCCCGCCCCUUACGACAGAUAAGAGGCCAAAUGAGGUUGAACGCCAAAACCAUGAAGAGGAACGGCCAACAACACUAAUGCCACAGCCGCAGGAGGAAGAGCCACAGCCUGGCCCCUCUCAGACAACUGAAGCUCCUCUGACCAACCAGGAGAAGGAAGGAUGGGCCACUGUGGUGAAAAAGAAAAAAGGCAAGAGGGGAAAAGGCAAGGGGCACGGAAAAAAUUCCCCCCCUGACAAGCUGAAACCCACCCAAGCCCAGGUCCGAACCCCCGGGGUGUCUGCGAAGCCGCCACCUAAGAAAAUGUUCACCCCACCAAAGUCGUCGGCGGUGGUGGUAACCCUACGGCCGGAAUCCAAAAUGGAUUACAAAUCAGUUAUGGCCAGGGUCACCACCCUUAAGCUACCGUCCAUUGGGGUGGACCACGUGGCGGUAAGGAGAACUGCUACCGGGGCUCGCAUUAUUGAGAUCCCCGGAGCUCACAGUGCGGUCUCCGCUGACACCCUGGCCGAAAAAUUAAGGGAGAUGGUGGGCGAUGAAGCCCAAAUAUCACGGCCAUAUAAAACGGCACAAAUAAAAAUUUAUGGCUUCGAUGAGUCAGUGACCCAGGAGUCCCUAAAGGAAGCUGCAGCUGAAGCUGGAAACUGUCCACCGGGACAGAUAAGGGUUGGCGCUAUUCGCACGGCACCUGACCAGACCGGGGCGUCUAUUCUAACUUGCCCUGUAGCAGCCGCCAACAAUUUGAUCAAAGCCGGACGCCUACUGGUCGGAUGGUCGGCCGCCAAAAUCAAGGGGCUCGAGGCCCUGCCCAUGCGAUGCUUCCGCUGCAUGGGCUUGGGCCACACUAGGGCCCUCUGUCCGUCUCCGGUGGACAGAUCCAAUGUGUGCCACCGAUGCGGCCAAACGGGCCACAUGACGGUGGAAUGUAGCGCCAAGGAGCCAUGGUGUGCCGUGUGCCACGCCGCAAAGCUCCCGGCGGGGCACGUAAUGGGGGGAAAGGCCUGCAACCCCCCACGCACCAGGGGUAAGACGGCCCUGGCUACGAGGGAGGUCUCGGAGGGUCGACUAAUGGAACAUUAA